UUUCCGAUCUGACAUAACCACAAAAGUUUCCGGAAACUUCCAAAAAAAAAGUAUAUAUAUAUAAAAAUAACCGGUUAAUAAAGUUUCAAAGUAAUAUUAUAUUUUUAUUUAUUUAUAAUUAUCAUCAUGAUUUCAAGACUGCAAAAACGAAUUUUACAACAAUUAAAUAAUACUUGCCAACGAUUAUUAUUGCCGAAUGUAAAUUUAGAGACUAAUGAUAUUAAUAAAAAGGAGAAUAUUAAAAUUGAUGAUAAACAAAAUGAUAGCACAAAAAUAGUAAAGAACAUAAAUCAAAAUUUCAAUAUUGACGAUGAUGGAUUUGUCAGUGUUUAUACAGACGGUUCAUGUUCAUUUAAUGGUUUACAAAAUGCAAAAGCCGGCAUUGGCGUUUGGUUUGGCCAAAAUCAUCCUCUUAAUGUCUCUGAACCAAUUUUUGGUCGUUCAACAUGCAAUGUUGCUGAAAUUAUGGCAGUAACAAAAGCCGUUAAUGUAGCUAAAGAAGCUGGUAUUAAAAAAUUGAGAAUUUAUACAGAUUCAAAAUUUGUUGUACAAUCAGUCACCACUUGGAUGCCUAAAUGGAAAAUUAAUGGUUGGAAAGGUUCCAAAAAAAAGCCGGUUAUUAAUAAAAAUGAAUUGAUUACAUUAGACGAAGCUUUAAAAUCAAUUGAAGUCUCUUGGAUUCACGUUUCGAGUCAUUCAGGAAUUCAUGGAAAUGAAAUGGCAAAUUUAUUAGCAAAAGAAGGAAUUGAAACGACAGUUAUUUAAAUUUUUAAAAUAUAAUUUAAUUUAAAAAAGCAAA